AGAAAUAUGUAGUUACCGUAGAAAUUCAAGUGGAUUAAGAUGCGUUACUUAGGAGUUAUUGCUCUCGUCGCUUUCCUGGCCAUUUCCGCUGUGAUGGCACAUCCACCUACAAAUAGUAGCAUUGAACAAGGAUCAGGAUCCAGUAACCGAUCAACCAUUCGUCCUGUCCCCAGAUGGCCUAAGUGGGGUGGAAUCGGUCCAGUCAUUUUAAACACUCCCCCCACUCCGUGGCAAUGAGCGUAAAUAAAGAUUUCGUAGUAGAUUCUACGAAUCGGCCAAAA